UAGUUUUAACGCUGAGAACUUAUUCUAAUUAUUAAACUAUUGUGAAUCUAAACGAUUAACACGAAAGCUCAUCCAAACUAUGGCUGCAGAACCAGAAUUGCUGCCAUUCAAGUGUGUGCUCGUAGGAGAUGGUGGCAUCGGCAAAACCAGCUUCAUAAAACGCCAUUUAACUGGUGAGUUUGAGAAAAAGUACCAAGCCACCCUUGGGGUAGAGGUCCAUCCCUUAGUUUUCUACACAAAUAAAGGCCAAAUUAUGUUUAAUGUUUGGGAUACCUCCGGCCAGGAGACAUUUGGAAGUCUCCGUGACAGUUACUAUGACCAGGCGCAGUGCGCAAUCAUUAUGUUCGAUGUCACCGCUCGAGUAACUUAUAAAAACGUUCCUAACUGGCACAAAGAUAUAGCCAGAGUAUGCGAAAAUGUCCCAAUUGUACUAUGUGGAAACAAAGUGGAUAUACAAGACAGAAAAGUUAAAACUCAGAACAUUUUGUACCACCGCAAACAUAAUCUUGAGUAUUAUGAUAUCUCGGCCAAGACCAAGUAUAACUUUGAAAAACCGUUUUUGUGGCUGGCCCAGCAACUACUUCAUGAUCCCAACCUCGUGUUUGUAACCAUGCCGGCUCCUGUCCCACCAGAGGAACGCAUGGACCCCUCGAUGAACCCACAAUGGCAGCAAGAACUUGGAAAUAUCCUGGACGAGGUCCUGGAACAAGCCGAAAACACCGCCUUGCCCGAAGAGGAUGAUGAGGACAUUUAAUUUUAUUAUUUACUUGUUUUUUUUUUUUUUCAUCUGUUCGAUAAUACCUAGAAGUUAGUGUUAGUGAUAGAUAAAUAGUUUAAUUCUUUGAGGAUAUUUAAUUUUAUUGUGUAAGCGUUUAUUUUAUUAUUCUGUGCGAUAAUACCUAGUAGUUAUUAAUAGAUAGAUAGUUUAUUAUUGAGCUUAUUUCAGUGGCGGACCUAGGACCUUUGGGGCCCGACGCAAAAAUUUUUUUUGGGGUCCUGUCAUGCUUUUUUUUAGGGAUUUUUCUUGUGGUGUUGGGCUGUAAAGUGAGUGCGCGGAAGUUAUUUAUAUUUUUGAAGUUUUUAACAACCAAAUAUAGAAAUAAAUUUAAUCAAAAAAACAAGUUUAUCAAGAACAUAUGAGACAGAAAACAAGUUAAACGAAAAAAAAAAUUAUAAAAAUUCAGGAACUUUUUAUCUAAACAAAAAGAAAUACAUCAUAGUAGUACCGCACUGCACUGAUACUGUCCGUA